GCUAGUCUGCGUGCGUGAGUGGGAGGUGGCAGGCCUCAGAUUUGGCCUUCCCGGCUGACUGUUCCAGCGCCAAGUCUCCAGCCAUGAACCGGUUUGGUACCCGGUUAAUGGGAGCCGCAGCAGCCCAGUCGCCGCCGUCGAAAGUCCGAAGCAAUGAAAACCUCGACAAAAUUGAUAUGUCUUUGGAUGAUAUCAUCAAAUUGAAUCGAAAGGAAGGAAAGAAGCAGAAUUUUCCGAGACUAAAUCGAAGACUCCAGCAAAGUGGUGCCCGACAGUUUCGGAUGAGAGUACGGUGGGGAAUCCAGCAGAAUUCUGGUAAGUUUUGCAAUUAUGGAGUUAUCACUGGUCUUGCAGCUAGAAAAGCAACUGGAAUUCGAAAAGGAAUUAGUCCUAUGAAUCGACCAUCUUUAAGUGAUAAGAAUAUAGAAAGAUACUUCCCAGUGUUAAAAAGGAAGGCAAACCUUCUGAGGCAAAAUGAAAUGCAGAGGAAACCAGUUGCAGUUCUCAAGAGACCUAACCAGUUAAAUAGAAAAAAUAACGUUCCAGCCAAUUUUACUAGGAAUGGAAAUAAAUUGAGUCAUCAGAAGGACACUCGUCAAGCAACUUUUCUUUUCAGAAGAGGCCUUAAGGUUCAGGCCCAGUUGAACACUGAACAACUACUCGAUGACGUAGUAGCAAAGAGAACCCGUCAAUGGAGGACAUCUACCACAAAUGGAGGAAUUUUGACUGUAUCCAUUGAUAAUCCUGGAGCAGUGCAGUGCCCAAUAGCUCAGAAGCCACGAUUAACUCGUACUGCUGUACCCUCUUUCUUGACUAAACGGGAGCAGUCUGAUAUAAAAAAAGUUCCUAAAGGUGUCCCCUUACAAUUCGACAUAAAUAGUGUUGGAAAGCAGACAGGGAUGACUUUGAAUGAGCGAUUUGGAAUCCUGAAGGAACAAAGAGCCACUCUCACGUAUAACAAAGGAGGAAGCCGCUUUGUCACCGUGGGAUAGAUCUUGUGUUAAAAGGGACUCUUGAGUGAUGACUGUAGUAAAAGUUGAAUUGCUUAAAAAGUUCAUCACAGAAAUUCAAGAAAUAUUUCAUAAUACAAGGCUAAAUAACUCCUUAUUUUUAUUUUUAAAGUUUUUUUUUUAAAACAUGUAAAAACGAUGCCCUGAAAGUAUACCAGGGAAUAUACCUAUCUGUUCGCAAAGGUUUUGUGAUUGGUCCAGAUAGACCAAUUCUCUAUUUGAUUUUAGUUCUUCUUGCCGCAGAAAAAAGACAGAAAGAUAGAAAUUGAUUAUUUUUAUGAUAGUGGCAUUUAGGAUCUCAUUGCCUUUGCCCAUUUUUUACACUUUGUCAUGGUAAAUUUUGGUCUUCAGAAAUAGGAGUAGGUCUCUUUGUUGCUGUCACUUAUUCUUUAAUAGUGUUGAUGUAACAAGUGCUGUUGACUUUUCCUUGUUAAAAGAUAUUAAAAAUAUAUUAGAAUUCCAGUUUUGGGUUUUAAGAUUUAUGGAAAUAUCUGGAACUUGGUUCAUUUUGUUAGUUUUUGAAAAUUGUAACUCUUUAGUGUUGAACUUCUAACAAAACUUUGGUUGUAGGCAUUAGUCUCAGUUUAAAUGUUGGUGGUUUGAAGGCUAUAAAUGUGUGUUAUAAUUAUUUGAUAGGGGCUUGAAGGAAAAGGACCUCCAAAGUACAAAAAUUGAAAGUUGAGUUUAGUAAAUAAAGAAAGCAUGAAAGGAUGCAGGUUGAGGAUGGUAACUAAGGUGAAAAACUUUAAAAAACCCAGGUUAUAGGAUUUAGUAUAGUGUUGAGUCUAGUGUCUACAAAGAAUUCUUCAAAUAAGUGAAUUGAGUCCCUUAGAUAUUUCCAUAGUAAAAUUAAGUCAUAAAGCCCUAGAUUUUCUUAUUUAAAAGUUAAAUUUUGUAAGCUUUUGAGCUUACUAAAUUAAAAGUAUACAGCUCCAACAAUAACAAGUGUAUGUCACAAAGAAAAAGAAUGCAAAAUAGAAUUAUAUUAUAAUCUUAUUUUAUACCUUUCAUUCAGAUUUCUUGUAUAAAAUUCAGGCAUCUAUGAAAAAAGGGUCCUCCCUCCCACCACUGGAGGGUUAGGAGGAAUUAGUGGCUGUGCCAAGCUAGAGCUAACAUUUCUCAGAUAUAAGUUAUGGUAUAAUGCCAGAAUGCAGCAAAAUAUUCCAGUGACAAGUUAAAAGUUUGAUCAUUUUGAAACCUGACUUUUUGGUUUUCUAUAACACCUUUAAGUAGGUGUUAGUUUCCCCAGAGUAUAUUAUUAGUGUUGAUUUUCCCUGUUAAAAAAAGUAACACAAAAUUUUCACCCCUGCCUGCCUUGCAUUGUAUAUUAGACUUCAUUGUUGUCAUAUUCUCCUUGGGUUUACUUGGUUUAUGCCACAGAAGACUAUCAAUAAUAGUUAAAUGCUUAUACCAAAGAAUUAAAUCUGAUCCUUAACAUCUGGUAUUUUGCCAGUAUGAUAUUGAUAAGAGAUUUUUGGAAGCCAGUCACAAUUUGAAAAUAAUCUCUAGCCUUUCCAUAGACCAAGGACUCAGGCAAAACAUUUUUGCAAAUAUGAAUGAAUGCUUAGAUUUGAUCCAUGAAUAACUCAUUUUUGACUGGCUUAUAAUUACUGGCAUCUUACUUUAAAACAAAGGGAAAACAGCUGAGCUUGAGUUUGCUGUCUUUAAACAGUUUGUGAAAAUACGGUAUAAAGUGUGCUCAUUUUGUUGUUAUUUUAAAUACAGUUGUUAUUAAUGCCUUUUUUUUUAAAAAAAAAAAAAGGCCUUAAAAAUUGCCCCAAAUAUUGACAUUAAGUGCAUCAAAAAGCAUUGUCUUUGUGUAUUAAACUUUUGCUCUUCAUGUUUCAGUAAUUUCAUUUUCUUUUUAAAUACAACAUUUUGCCCUUGUUAAAUCUAAAUUAAAAUUCUUGAGUGCUGAUAUGGUGUAUAUAAACAAAAACAGAUGCUUUGUUGGAGAAAAAUUUUCUUUCUUGGAAUGUGAUUGUAGUCAUCCUUUUUCAACUCUACAUGUUUAUUUGAACAGGAUGCAACUUCAAAUUUCCUUUGCAUCAAGAUGUAUACAAAACAUUGAUGCAAUGCAUCACAAAAUGAAAGUUUGUAUUUAAUGAGAUGCUUUACACUGUAAUUUUUGGUGUUUUUGGGAAAAGUUACAUUUAGAUCUAUUCUAAAGCUGUUCAUUUUUAAAAAAUAAAAUGUUACAGGCCUCACAUGA